GCUAAAGACCUCUACUCCGGUGUCAGGACGCGUUAUAAUGUACUUUUCUUGGGGUUGUACACAUUGAUCGUACUUGGUCCACCCCUGUACCAUGCGGUUUUUUACCCUAUUCUGUAGAAUUACCAAGACUCCUACUUCCACAAUAGGGUUCCUGCCCAUCACCAACUAGCAUAGCUAGUAUAUUUAUCACCUUUUGUUUGUGUUUGAAUAUGUUAGCUAGGUGUCUUUUGUAUCAGGCUUUUAUGUUUUACAUUCAUCCCCAAGGGGCAGGUAAUAAGUGCAGUGCCCAUUUUGCUCGUAAAUUGGUAGUUACUGAACAAGAGGGGUGUGGUACUAGGCUACUCAGUUGUACCCACAGGUUUUAAUGUUACCUUAAGCCAAAAGGGUGGAUGUGAGGCUUAAGUUGACAGCAGGAUAAAAGAAAAUGCCAUAGCUUAAAAAAAUGCCAAUCAAGCUAAAAGUCAAGAUCUAGCUAUACUAGGUAGCACAGUGAUCAGACCAGUGUUAAUGUAGUAUUGAUCGGAAACAUGGGCUCCAAGAAGGAAAGAGGAGGUAAACCUUGAGAGAACAGAUGAAAAUGCUGAGGUUGAUUAUGGGAAUAUUGCUCUGUUUGAGAGAUUGGAAAAUGACAAAAUAAGAAGGGCGGCAGAUGUACUAAGGAUUACAGAGUGUUUCGUGCAUUGGCGACGUUAUAUUCAUAGGAAGCUCUGGUUACACAGUACAGAAUGCAGGCUGUCCAGCAGGCUGCCACACAGGGUGCGCAGAUCAUCCAGACAGCUAAUGGGCAGUUGAUGCUACAAGCGGGGUCGAUCCAAGUGGCAUCUGCAGGGAAUACGCAACAACUGCAGCAAAUACAAGUGGUUCCUGCUUCAAGCAUACAGGGAGGUUCUCAUGUGGUUGUUCCAGGAGGAUCAUCCCAGCAAGCGCAAAUUAUCCAAACUUCUGAUGGUCAAGCUCUGGUGUAUCCCAUUCAAGUUGAUAACUCGGGAAAUGUUAUCGGACAGCAACCAGCAGAAUUAUGGAGAGAGAUCGUACACCUGAACCAAAGUGAGAGCCCGCUCAUCCUAACGUCUAAUCAUGUUCUCAAUAUUUCAGGUAACAUUAUCCAAUUAGCAGGAGCAACGGCCACUACUCAGGCUAAUCAGGCCAACCAGACUACUUCAAAUCAAACACAACAGUCAGUACAAAGCAACCUGACUAAUGUUGUCAUGGUUAAUAAUGGUGUAGCUCAGCUACAAAGAAUACCUCUACCUGGACCAGAGUUGCUAGAAGAGGAACCUCUGUAUGUAAAUGCAAAGCAGUAUCACCGUAUACUGAAGAGAAGACAGGCAAGAGCCAAGCUUGAGGGAGAAGGCCGUAUACCUAAAGAAAGAAAAAAAUACCUUCAUGAGUCCAGACACAGGCAUGCGAUGAACAGAAUACGUGGAGAGGGUGGUAGAUUUGAUAAAGGAAGAGAGGAGAGUAUGAUGGAAAACCUCGGAGGCCUUGGAUUACAGAAUGGUAUGGAGGAAUUAAUAACUGGUGAUGUACAAGGCCGAGUAACAGAAGCUAAGGUUUUUGUCAGCUGAGACUACUUGAAAUGCUUAGCAUACUUCAGAGAUGCAACAAAAGCAACGAUAUUGUCCGUAUUGUUUGUUUAUAGGCAUAUGAAGUUGGUGUCUAUUAUUGCUCAUGUUACUUUGACUCUUUAAUGCAUUCGCAUCCCAGUUAAUUUGGGAAGAACAUUUUCCAUUUCCUGUACUUUUCAUGAUUUGUCUAUUACAAAGUAGAAAUUUAAUGCUGUAGACCAGUAUUGUGUGAAUUUUCUAACCGGUGAAUCUGUCUGGAAAUUUUAAAAUUUUAUAUGUCAAAUUAUUCCAUUGGGACACUUUUCAAAAGACCUCAACAUUAUUAGGAAAGUAAUUUUUCAUUUUCCAGUGAAUACUAAGUCACUUCUAGGUUAGGUAUGGUUAUGCAGUCAAUUCCAUAUUUAUGUUGUUUUUUAACAUGGUUUAAGUUUUAGUAAUAGUUCACAAUUGCUGAGACUUGCUGAUGGAGUACCAGCUGCAGUUACUCUGUAAGGGUGAUGUACUGCUGUGACUAGUGCCAGGCUUCCACUUCGCAUGAUUUCCAUUUUAUGUUUGUAAACAUAAGUCUAAAAAAGUAAUUUUAUGUUGCAAACAAAGGUCUAAUAAAGUAAUUUUCAGCUUACUGAUUGAUCAAACCAUUAUGUCAAGACUACCAGGAGUGUCACUAUAAGGCUGUUGUAAUAGGAGGCUUAAGUCAUUUUUAACUAGACUUCAGUGUGCCGUAAAAUUAGGUUUUGGGAGAUACUGAUCUCGUAAUUUGGCCUAAUUUUUCAGAAGUAUAUAAUGGUCUAGUUAUUCUGGGGCACCUGGCUUUCAGUCUUAUCAUUCAUUCAUCCCACACAUGGUGUACGGUAGUCUUGAAUGUCUUGUAGAUAUAGCUGAAUCAUGAGUUGGAGGCAUCCAUUGCUUGUUGGAUAGGCUACUUCCAUGAGAACAGACAGUGGUCAUGCAAUCCAAAGCUGUAUCAUAGGCUUCUUCCUUGAGAUCAGACUGUGGUCAGCAGUAACAAGACGUUGGCCCAGAUUUUUUAUAUAGUUUGGUGUGGGGUUAACGGUUGUUUGUAUUGUGCUUUUAUUAACUGGCCAUUGGAAGAAAUUUUCUAGGUCAUGCAUAAUUACAAAAACUGUCUUUUCAAUUAGUUUUUACUUUGCAGUGCUUGAGGUUCAGGCUUUGCCACUAUGUUCCUUUUCCCUCUGUAGCGUUGGUUAUAGGCUGAAAUGGACUUAAGUUGGUCUAAUGUUUUGACCAGGCUUGUUGAAGUUAUUAAAUAUUUUGACCAGAUUACAUUGCUAAAUUUCAGUUUUUAAGGUGUGAUCUGUCAUAAAAAGAUGAAAUUGGAUUUAUUCAAAUAAAUUUCAAAUUUAUAAAUAGGAUAGACUUGAGAACAUCUUAGAUACUGACAGUUUUAUAAAGGGAUUUGUGCCAAGUACUCAUACCUUCAUCUUCUCUUGAAUCAUUGUGGAAAGUAGACUAUCUUCAUUUCUGGACUCUGGCUUGCCCUAGACAAUUAGUUUUGCACUUAAAGGGCAAAGUUGGAGCAAGGUUAAAUAAGCCAAUAACUAAAGAUUUGAAAAAACAGAAAGAAUGAAGUAGUGAAGUCAGAGAACAAUGUAGCUGGAUAAGGGAUAAUGCCAAGAUUGUGUUUACUUCAGCAAACAGUUACACCUUCGCUCUUUCUAGGGUGUCAUUCAAGAGGAGUGUGGUAUUGUACCUCUCCUUACAUAAGCCACUAUGAUCAUUCAGCGAUCCCAGAAUUCUACAGGUCAUAACUGCCAAUUUUAUGUUAUUGGUACUGCAACUAGAAUUUCCAGCUGUGCUCCAGAGGUUGAAGAGAAUGUGUAAUUUUUCUGGCAUGUAGCAAUUCUUUUACUUAGCACUGGUUAAGUAGUUCACAACUGGUGUUUUUUAUGACAUACAGUGACUGGUCUGCAGUAAAUUAGAGGUAUUUUUGACACUACUGUAAGAGUUCCUGAGCAUUGUACCAUAACUAUUCUUGUCCUAUAUGCAGAAAAAGUUUCUAUGCUGAAAUGAUUUAUUCAGUCCUUACAAACACAGCAUAACACUAACUAGAGUAUGUCUUUCAAAAGAGAGAUUUAUUGAAGCAUUUCAUUUAAGGCUCAGCCUUAUUGUAAUGUGGCCUUAUGUCACUGAGGUAUAGUUACUUUCUGCUAUAAAGGGGAUCCUAUUGUUAAGACCGAAGGUUUGUCAGCUAUGAAAAAUACAAAUUGGUUUAAAAAUUUGUCCUUUUACAGUGAACUAUGGUCUCUAUAUCAGAUAGGUAAUAUACUUCAAAUGGAAACAUUCAAAUUAUUACUCUUGAUUGUAUAUUUGUACAGUUGAAUUUUUUAUGCAAAAUGGUGUAUAUUUUGAUAUUGAAUUUAAUGUUUGAUAGCUUCAUUGUAAGUAGUUUGUUGUACAUGUACUUAAAAACACGAGUGUGUAGCUUGAUUGCUUAUUUCAACAGGAUUUUUAAUGCAAAAUUGUUCAGAUUGAGUGUAAAUCAAAUAAGAGCUUGUUUUGCAGGAUUAUCAUUAUUAUUAAGAAUGGGUGGUGCAAAUGUAUUAAUUCAGAUUUUGCAAUUUAUAUUCUUUAUAUUGGUAUUUAACUUAUUAGUUUGUACAAGUACAAGCACUUCAAAAUAUCCAAAUGUAAUGUUGAAGUGAGCUUCUAUGUUUUUUUAUGAUUGGAUGUUAGUGUAGUUUGUCAUUGCAACAUGAUUGUGGGUCAUCUGACAUACUGUAGUCUAAUGAAUUAAAAUUUAAGUAAAUGUUAAAUCAUGUAUGACAGUUUAUAUUUUUGUUAAUUGUAGACAAACUUGCAGUUUCUGUGCUGUCUUAUCCAUUGAUAGAACAGUAUCUGCUGAACUUGUUUUCAUAGGUAUGUUUUGUUAUGCAAAAAUGGCCCACUGUUUAAAACCAUUUACAGCUCUGUAGGUCCAAUUUUGUCUAUUGGACUGGAAAAGUAAUUUUAGAGAACUGUAUUCAAAAUUUGCAAGGUUCAUUUUUUUCUGCAAGAUGAGAAAUUUUGACAGUCAUGGUGUAGUUGCUGUUAAUAUUUUUUUAUAUAAUAAAUGUUACUUUACUGAAAGAA